AUGGCGCGCAUUUCUAUCCCGACGUCUGCACGUCUGCCCUCGUCGCUUCGCGUCGACGCCUCCCACCCGGCUGUCGCCAAGAUCCUCGGUCACCUCUCUAGGGCGUCUCUCCUUUCUGUUGCUCUCGACUGGCUCGACGAGAAGAACCUGCCUCUAGCCGCUCCUUAUCUGCGUCGUAGCAGCGACCAAGACGGCGCCGAUGAUGACGAAGACGACGAUCUCAACCCUCCAGCCCGCUCGCCCGCAGAGCUGCAGCGGUUAUAUUCCCGGCUUCAGGCGCGGAAGGGCUCCAAGAGAGACGUAAUGGACCGCAUCAUCGAAGGUGACUGGCGAGAGGGGCUGAGCUUGUACCAGCUGGCCAUGGCCGAUCUCCAGUACCUCCAUGACCAUCCAACAUCACAGAAAUGGUCGGCAUAUCGCAUCGUCCCACUGAAGACUCAGUCGGCGGAUCUGGACCAGGACGGCGCGCAGACCGCCGUCGACAAGGAGUCCCUAACUAUCCCGCGCUUCCACCCAUCCACCUUUCUUAAGGCUCUCCAAGCACAAGUUCUGCCCGAUGUCAAAGCACACUACAACUUCGACAGGCACAAAGACCUGCCGUUGCUACUACUGCGCAUCUUCGUCCUUGAUUCUCCCUACAGCACCAGUCUCGGGCUGGCGAAUGGCAGCGGCCAAAGCACCGCUGGCGCCAGUUUCGACACGUCACGAACCAUCUACAUCGCCUUUCCGGACGCCUCACCACACAUUUAUAUCUCCAAACCGCAAACAUUCGGGACGGCUGGCUUCGGUGUUGGCGGAGGCGGAGGCGGCGAGUCCAAGAGCCUUCGAAAUUUGAUUUUUGAGGGCAUCCCCAAAGCGCUUUCUCGGCCACGGCAGCGUGUCACGCUCAAGUCGACCAACCUGUCAACGCGCAACCUUACCGAGAUUCUCGACCGGCGCGGCGCGGCGCGGACUAACUGCGCCGGCGGGGGGUGGAGCAUUUACGCCGACGAAAAGGCCAAGGAUACGCCUCUGGACAUAGUGGCUCUGCCGACACCUCCGCUAUCCGACAGGGGCAGCGACGAGGAGAACAGCAACCUGCCCAAGACACAGCAGCGGCCGCACAAGAAGCGGGAUCUCUCCCCUGCGUCACGGGGCGAGGAGCGGGCCGUCAAGCGCGCCAAGGUUGUGGCGCAGGCCCGGUUCGCUGACACGGCGCGUCCGGAUGACGGCAAGGGUGUCGAGAGGGUUGAUAUUGUUAUUGAGGAUCCAUUUUCUCCCUCGGGAACUCACGAACAAUCACCACACGGAGCGGCAAGUGGAUGGCGGCCGAAUGUGCGGCUGACGUUCCACGGCCCGCACGUAUUCGCGGGAGUGCGCCAGCUCGUCGAGUGCGGCAUUAUUGAUGGCGAGCGUAUGCCCGGCUGGAUGACGGGUGAGGAGGGUGUCACUGUUGGCGCCGUGAAGCAUGGAAGAAUACGAGGUCACAAAGGGUCAGGGGUAUGA